CAGGGCGGGGGCAGAGGCAGAGCCAGGCCUAGGGGCGGAGGUGCUCCGAGGGUACCCAGUGGGCUCAGAGCGGGGCAGCCCUGGAGUUGGGGCCGUCCUGGAGUCGGGGCGGUGCCUGUGGGGCGGGCGGGGCCCGACGGGUCUGGUGUGGCCUUGGCCAUGAAGCCGCAGCCGCCGGGCUAGGCCCCGGGCGGCUCUAGCCCAGGGCUGCCCGCGGAGGGCUGGGCCCAGCCUCAGCUCUGGGUACCCAGCCGGCGGGUGGCUGCUCACCAUGCCCGGCAAGCACCAGCACUUCCAGGAACCCGAGGUCGGCUGCUGCGGGAAAUACUUCCUGUUUGGCUUCAACAUUGUCUUCUGGGUGCUGGGAGCCCUGUUCCUGGCCAUUGGCCUCUGGGCCUGGGGUGAGAAGGGCGUUCUCUCCAAUAUCUCAGCACUGACAGAUCUGGGAGGCCUUGACCCCGUGUGGCUGUUUGUAGUGGUUGGAGGGGUCAUGUCGGUGCUGGGUUUUGCUGGCUGCAUCGGGGCCCUCCGGGAGAACACCUUCCUGCUCAAGUUUUUCUCAGUGUUCCUCGGCCUCAUCUUUUUCCUGGAGCUGGCAACAGGGAUCCUGGCCUUUGUCUUCAAGGACUGGAUACGAGACCAGCUCAACCUCUUCAUCAACAACAAUGUCAAGGCCUAUCGGGACGACAUUGACCUCCAGAACCUCAUUGACUUUGCUCAGGAAUACUGGUCUUGCUGCGGAGCCCGAGGGCCCAACGACUGGAACCUCAAUAUCUAUUUCAACUGUACUGACUUGAACCCGAGCCGGGAGCGCUGCGGGGUGCCCUUCUCCUGCUGCGUCCGAGACCCUGCGGAAGACGUUCUCAACACCCAGUGCGGCUACGAUGUCCGGCUCAAACUGGAGCUGGAGCAGCAGGGCUCCAUCUACACGAAAGGCUGUGUGGGGCAGUUCGAGAAGUGGCUGCAGGACAACCUGAUUGUCGUGGCCGGGGUCUUCGUGGGCAUCGCCCUGCUCCAGGUCUUUGGCAUCUGCCUGGCCCAGAACCUCGUGAGCGACAUCAAGGCAGUGAAGGCCAACUGGUGAGGCUGCCGCACCGGCCUGGCCUACCCAGGGACCCACGCUGUGCCGCGGUGGGCAAGGCUGCGGGAGGCGUUUCUGCUUGGACCAGAGCCCCGCAUGGGGCCCCGCAGAAAGCUGCACUGCCACGCCUGGGCUGCCUGUCCUGGAGCUGCGUAUGGGGGCGCGCACAGGGAGUUGCCGUCUGCCCUGGUUAUGUGGUGGGCUCUCCAGGGGACUAAGAGGGGCACAGGAGGGGACACGCCUCUCUGCAUGGGGGUGCAGGGGAGGCGUGGGGCCUGCUGUUGCCUUAUGCAGCCUCUGAGUUCCUUUGUUAGCUGGGACCUUGGCCUUCCCAGGGGCCCGCUUCAGCCUCCAAGUGUGUCUAAGAGUUUUCUCUCCCUUGCUUGCCUCUCAGGAUCAAACACGAUGAUGGCUACAAACUACUCAAAUAAACAAAACCUUGAAAACCA